AUGCUCUGGUGCAUUGCCGUGGCUGUCUUCUUUCCGAGUUUGGUCGCUGGCUGGAUGUCCUUGAAUCAUCCUCGUGUCCAAUCUUCGUUUGACAAGGUCCUAUCCGAGCCAUCUGGUUUACCCCUGCAAAUGGAUGCGAUGUUAGACUGUGUUUCUUGUGAACCGGAGAGACGGUUUCGGUUCGGCUACGGGCACGGGCCGGGCGUGAGUGUUUACGGAUGGCCCUCGCAAGGUGGCAUCUACACUUUGCAUGGCUGCAUGGGCGUGGAACUCGACUUUCUCGGAUACGACCGCUUCGACUUGCCCCUGGAUCUCGUUGAGCCGCAGCCGGCGGAAGAUGAACAUUGCCAUCGCAUGCGUCGAUUGGGUGCGACCUGGUGGACAAGCUACCAUGAAAUGGUCGAGUACGAUAUUAGAGGCCCCCAAAACACCGAUGACUUUCUGCAAGUGGGUUGGCCCGAGUCGGGAGGAGUAUGGGUCCUGCAAGGCACCAUCGAAGAGGCCCGCCGUAAGGGCGCCGGUCUUGUGAGUAACGCCUACACGAUGCAGGAACGGUGCAUGAUGAUUGAACGAUUAGGAGGGACUUUUUAUGCCAACCCUGAGGAUUGUCCGUAUUUGGAUCUUCCGGCCACGGGGGCUUUGUUAGACACUUUAGCUAAAGCGGAAGAGUAA